AUGAAUACAAAUGGCGAUGGGUUAUUUGACGAGCCAGUGGAAUUGUCGACUCAGAUCCAGCGUCCAAGAUUUUGGACCGAUGAAUACAACAACGAUUUGGUCGCUUGGGGAUCGGACUUCCAUCAAUGGGUCCGUCAUGAUGAGCUUCUCCGUAUGGAACGAGAUUCUAUUCAAACCCCACGCCAUUACGAAAACCCGGGUAUCAAUGCAGAAUCUCUUGUUCAAGAUUACCCGAUGCAUCGUCAGCCCUUUGCAGGUGUGUCCAACAGCCUUCCUGGUGGAUUUUUCGAUCACAAUAAAUCCGUAGGACCGGGCCAUGAAAACUCUUCCACAUCAGAGACCACCAUCGACAGUAUCGAAAACGCAUUUGAGCCCAUGGCGCAGCGCAGUAAACGCGGUGUCGGAAACGAAUUCGAUGAGAUUAGCGGCCCACGAAGAAAGAAAGCCCGCAAAAUUUCUCCAACAACCGCUGAGAUAACUCCUGAAAGCAAGGCCAUACACGACAAAAGCAAAGAAUCCCCAACCAGAGUAUUUCAGGAGUUGUUUGAAAGUAAACAUCAUGCCGAGAAAUCAUUGGAAACCAUCAUGGAGCUACAUCGCAAAUCGGUGGCGGAUUGUUCCUUUCCGGCAGAUGAUGAAUCUUUUCCCAAGACAGAUGAAGAAUAUCGUCAGAGGGUGCGCCAGGUAUUCGAUGCCAUCUGCGACUGGUCGUAUAUCCUGGAGUGGAGGAAAGUCUUGCCGAAGGGCCAAGAGUAUCGCAUCGGUACUGAAUUCUCACACGACAGACCGGAGCGCCGUCAGGAGGAGUCAAUGGACGAUCCGCCGGCAGACUUUAUGCCAACCGAGGCCGAACUUGCCAACAUACUGCCGCCCGUUGAAGAUCAACAGCGAAGGGUGUUAAGGCAAAUACCUAAUGACCAGACAAUUGAGUGGAUUUCAUGGGGUAUUGUGGAUGCCGCUAUCAAGUCCCAGCAGGGGAAUACCCAAGUUCCAUACUGGUGCGUCUCGGAAGGCGGUUAG